AAAAAUUGAGGAUUGAGAAAUUAAUAACUAGCGAAGGCUCAAUAAUAAUUCUCUUAAUGGCAGCAGCCCUCAAGAAGAAUCAUUCACGUAGACGACUUGCUGCGCUAACAUUUUUGUCAAAUAUAUCACUCGAUGGAAGUCAUCGAGACACUAAUUUAUCACUGUUACCCCACAACGGUGUUAUACACAGGCGUCUGCACAGUGAUGUGCCGAAAAAUUGUGUAACACAGUGCGAUGCUGACACAUCGGCCGAGGAAACUGUUGAUGGCCUGCCAGAUAUUUUACACAUUAGGGAAGCAGAGACCCCUGAAGUUGCACAGAAAAUUGUUGAACAUUACUCGUUUAGUUCGGAUUCCGAUGGCAUAUCGAGCAGUGGAAGAGUCAAUGUAUCAGCACUUGUGGAUAAUGAGAGAAUUCAGCCGCUUUUGGCAAGCAUUCACGGGUCGUUCAGGGAGAGGGCUGGAACAGCUGGAAGUGAUUAUUCCCUUCCUGAGAGACGAGUUGGCUCUCUCCACUACAAACGACGCAUCGUUCACCAGACGUCAACCCUCUCAGAGGACAUAAAACACCACUACAACAGCAGCAACGAGAGCAUUGGCUCGUUGCGUUCUAAAUCCCAUUCUAAAUCGAAGGUCAAAGGGUUGAAUAAUAUUCAACCUUUAUGUGGAAAUGCUGUUAUCAUACCUGAAGUAACGAGGGAAUUGCGUAUGAUGCAACGACCGAUCAAUGGCCAACGAUUUGGGGAUGAUAGACUGGUCCUGGUGUCCUCCAAACGCGUGCCAUUCCUUGUUUUUUCAGCAUUGCCCUACAACAAGAAUCAACGCACGAGCUGGUCUGACGUACGCAGGGAUACGGGACGUCGGAGAAAUACCUCAGGACCUCGUCCUCUGUCCGCAAUAAAUGAUAAUCUGGACCCAUUCGGUCUUUUGGGUAUUGAACAUGGGAAGGACGGUCAAGAGAUAUCAUACGGUCAAUUAUUGGUGCCUUCGAGGCAGUUUCAGCGCGAUAAGAGGCUGCACCUCAGUGACAGCGAGGCCAUCGAGCUCUCCCAAGUCAUGACGAAUAAACAUCAUGUAGUAUCCAGGACAAAAACAAUAACGUGGAAUCUGGAUCACACAAAGUGGUGUCUCUCCUAUGACACGGCGACUCACAGACCGACUCAUAUGCCUCCGGAAUCUCCACCGUUGUCUCUAGUGAACGAGUCGAAAGUUAUUGAGUGGGACGAGCAGACUCUCCAGUACAAUCCCAAUCUUCUGGAUGAUCCUGAAUUGAUAGCUGGAAAACACCGGACUCUAUUAACAUUCACAUCGUAUAUGGCGUCCGUUAUUGAUUACGUGCGGCCUUCGGACUUGAAGAAGGAGUUGAAUGACAAGUUUAAAGAGAAGUUCCCACACAUUCAACUGACGCUCAGCAAAUUGCGAAGUUUAAAACGGGAAAUGCGUAAAAUAGCGAAAAUGGAAUACGGCAUUGACAUUCUGACAGUCGCAAUGGCAUACGUGUACUUCGAAAAGCUGAUACUGCGAAACGUCGUGACAAAACAAACUAGGAAACUCUGCGCCGGUGCUUGUUUACUCCUGGCUGCUAAGCUCAACGACGUCAAAGGAGAUGUACUUAAGUCGCUUAUUGAGAGAACGGAAAGUGUUUUUCGUUUAAAUCGUAAGGACCUAAUCACUUCGGAAUUUGCUGUGCUAGUUGCCCUUGAAUUUGGUCUCCACUUACCCACGUGGGAGAUAUUCCCCCAUUACCAACGUCUCAUCUACGAGUCUUGACCCAUUUUCGGGAUAACGUGCGUAUUAAACUGCAGGAAAUUCUCAUUCUAAUCUUAAUCGAUGACAAGAGAUAUCGCAAGCCCAAUGUACCUUAAAAAAUCCCUUUAUUUAUCCGAGAAAUUCCCCCAACUUGAAUACUUGAAUAUUUUCGCAGUAAGAACACUUGGAUAUCAAAGACUAACAUUUAGUGACUUCUUAAACUUUUCAGAGUUUUAUAAGGCCAUUUUAUCUGUGCUAUAAAUAUCAUUGAAACGAGAGGAUGAGUCAUGUAGGUCAAGAUAAAACUAGAUUAAUCACUUUCAUAAACAAGAUGAAGUGGAAACUGUUUUUACCCUUGACUUUAUGAUUUUUCAGUUUUUACUUUUUGUAAAUAUCCGCUCAAUUUUAUCCGUUAAAAUUUUCAUGGUUUCGUAGAUAAAUACAUCAGUAAUUUAAGGUUAUUUUAAUUUAAAAGGCUCAUGGUACUUGAUUUUAAAAACUAUUACGUCAUAGUCUAAGUCCCAUAGAGGCAUAUAUUUUUUGUAUAUAUACUGUUGCCAGAUGUACAUUAAUCCACGCAAAAGGGUAAUUAUGCAUGAAGGUAUGGAGUUACGAGUGAUUAUGAACUUGAUACAUUUAUUUAAUCAUUAUCAUGUGAUCAAAAUUUUACUUGAAUUAAACGUUUUUAUGCUUUAUUUUAGUCGUCAAGAAUUCUUCAUUUAAUCAAAAAAAUAAUACUUGAUAUUAUAUUUUCAUCAUCAUUAGUUGAAAAUAGUUGUACUCCUAAUGAUUUCAGCCUCAAUUACGUGAUUGUAAAUCGUUUCGGGAUAAACAAUUGCGGUUUACCGAUGCUAGUCUGUUAAUGCCGUUUAUUAAAUUAUUUGAUUAUUAUCUAUAUAGUCUAUGAAUGAAAUAUACAUGUUACAGAAGAAUUAUUAUGUAGUACUUAACCGAAUGUACAUGGAAUAUUAAUACUCGUAUAUGCCAUAUAAAUGCUAAACGAAUCGUUUAGAUUCGAAGGAAAA